AUGAAGGUCGCAACACUCAUCAUCGCGCUUCUCGCCGCUGCUGAAGCAGUCCAGAUCCCCAGCACUGGAGCCACCUCGCUGAAGCAGGAAGCGGCCAAGAAGGACAUUAUCAUCGGGUCUGGGGCGAUCAACCCGACCUACCUCAAUGAUCCUCAGUUCGCGGCUGUCCUCGCCCUGCAGUUCAACAGCCUCUCUCCUGAAAAUGAGGGGAAGUGGUCGUUUUUAAACCCGACCGAAGGGUACUAUAACUGGACCUCGCUCGACCGCCUCGUCGACUUCGCGGAAGGCUACAAUAUGGUGGUUAAGGGACACGGGCUUAUCUCGAGCUGCUGUAACCCUGACUAUAUUCUCAAUAUCACUGAUCCCGCAGCCCUCCGUGCGGCAAUGACGGCUCACUUUGAGGCGUUUAUGCACCGGUACAGCGACAAGCGUGUGGAUCGGUGGGACGUCGUUACUGAAGCUCUCAAGACGAACGGCAGCGGCCUGAACACGAAUAUCUUUUACAACGUACUCGGUUCCGGCUACAUUGCAGAUGCCUUCCGCAUCGCCCGUGCAGCAGGUCCGGACGCUAAAUUGUUUAUUAAUGAGAAUCUUGUCGAGUCACUCCCCGGCAAGCGUCAGGAACUCUACGAGCUAGUCUCUGGACUUGUGGCGGAUGGUGUCCCGGUUGACGGAGUCGCCCUACAGAUGCAUAUCACUGAAGUUGCCCCGAUACCAGGUGUGAUUACGGAUAUGGUUAACUCCUACAAAGCACUUGGUUUAGAAGUGGCCAUCGCUGAACUGGAUGUCCACACACUUAACGCCACACUCCAAACCGAUAUUUACGGUGCUGUCAUCGAAGAGGCUCUACAUGCAGGAAUUACCGAUAUUAGCUUCUGGGGCUUCACGGAUAAGCACGCCUAUACCUGGAUACCGGGCGCGAAGCCAUUGAUGUUCACCGAGUGCUACAAGCCCAAGGGUGCGUUCUAUGCUGUUCAUAAUGCCCUAGCGAACUUCGUCAACGCGCACUAG